AUGCUCCGUCCGGGAUUCGCGGCGGCAUCUGCGGCGGGCGCGGCGUGGGCUAGCAAUCCCGCGGAGGGGGCGACGGAGGGAGCCGCAGCGCGGGGGAGCGUAUUGAAGGAUGCGGGGACGUAUGACGUGGCACGCAAUGAGAAGUGGGUUUCUGAGGAGAAGGCUCGGCUGCUGACAGUGCAGGGCGGCAAUGUGCCAGGGGGGCUGCUGUUGACACGUGGCAGCUGGCAAUGGGAGGAGAGAGGCCCGUCGCUCUACCGCCUCGUGGGGCGAAUGAGUUUCCACAACAUGAGGCGGCAGCAGGACAUAUUCCUGCCAACUGUGACGGCACGCGUGGCAGUGCUGCUCUCCUCCCACUCCCUCCACGGCAUCUCCACCCACGUCUCUAUCGCUCCGCACCAUCCGGAAGGCCAGCCUGCCCCCCGAGCGGACGGGUACUGGCCGGCAUACAUCGUCCGGGCGGGCAAGGGCACAGCCGUGGAGGUCACUGUUGAGAUCCGGGCGGCAGAUUCUGACGACGAUGCAGCCCUCUCACACCUCAAGGCGGCCAGGCUGGACGUGCAUUACCCGGCGUACGGGCCACAUGGCAGCCUGCCAUUGGUGCAACACGUCAUUCUGCCCCUCGCCUUCCCCCCCUGCCCGCCCCCAUCCGCUCCUCACGCCCCUCAAUGGCGCAGCAUCGCACCGGGCAUAUCAACCCUGGCUGUCCCAACACACCUGCUGUGCCACCUUGACGACCCGCUUCUUGUGCUGCGACACUACGCAGCCCCGUAUCUGCAGCCGGGCGACGUGGUGACACUUGGCGAGACGCCAUUGGCCAUCAUGCAGGGCGGCUUCCGCCACCCGGACUCCGUGCCUCCGGGCCUCCUUGCGCGCCUGGCCUGCCUCUGCUUCCUGCCCGCCUCCUCGCUCGCCACCGCGUGUGGCAUGCAGGUCCUUGUCGACUUGGUGGGGUGGGUGCGCGUGAUACUGGCGGUGAUAGUGGCAAUACUGGCGAGGCUGCUGUUGGGAAAGAGGGGAGUGUUCUACCAGCUGGCAGGGUACCAGGCACGGCUCAUCGAUGACAUCACCUGCACGCUUCCCCCUUACGACCAGUUCAUCACCCUCGGCCCCCUGAGCGUGCACGAGACAGUGAGAGGGUUGAGUGCGAAGCUGGGGUGUGGCUUGGCGGUGGUGGAUGUCAACGACCUCAAGAAAGUCAAGAUCCUCGCUGCGACAGCAGGGGUGGAUCAUAAGAGGCUCACAACAGCGCUGCUUCCCAACCCAGCAGGGAAUGCGGAUCAGCAAACCCCAAUUGUCAUUGAUGGGGGGACGUAUGACGUGGAAAGAAGUGAGAGGUGGCUUUCUGAGGAGAAGGCUCGGCUGCUGACCGUGCAGGGCGGCAAUGUGCCAGGGGGUCUGCUGUUGACACGUGGCAGGUGGCAAUGGGAGGAGAGAGGCCCGUCGCUCUACCGCCUCGUGGGGCGAAUGAGUUUCCACAACACAAAGCGCAAGCAGGACAUAUUCAUCCCACAUGUGACGGCACGUGUGGCAGUGCUGCUCUCCUCUCACUCCCUCCACGGCAUCUCCACCCACGUCUCUAUCGCUCCGCACCAUCCGGAAGGCCAGCCUGCCCCGCGAGCGGACGGGUACUGGCCGGCAUACAUCGUCCGGGCGGGCAAGGGCACAGCCAUGGAGGUCACUGUUGAGAUCCGGGCGGCAGACUCAGAUUCAGGUUCAAGCGACGCAGCUGCCCUGUCACACCUCAAGGCGGCCAGGCUGGACGUGCAUUACCCGGCGUACGGGCCACAUGGCAGCCUGCCAUUGGUGCAACACGUCAUUCUGCCCCUCGCCUUCCCCCCCUGCCCGCCCCCAUCCGCUCCUCACGCCCCUCAGUGGCGCAGCAUAGCACCGGGCAUAUCAGUGCUGGCCGUCCCAACACACCUGCUGUGCCACCUCGACGACCCGCUCCUCGUGCUCAAACGCGCCAUAUCUGCAGCCGGGCGACGUGGUGACACUUGGCGAGACGCCAUUGGCCAUCAUGCAGGGCGGCUUCCGCCAUCCAGACUCCGUGCCUCCGGGCCUCCUUGCCCGCCUGGCCUGCCUCUGCUUCCUGCCCAAAUCCUCUCUCUCCACGGCUUGUGGCAUGCAGGUGCUGGUCGACUUGGUGGGGGUGGUGCGCGUGGUACUGGCGGUGAUAGUGGCAAUACUGGCGAGGCUGCUGCUGGGGCAGAGGGGUGUGUUCUACUACAGCUAGGAGGCUACCAGGCGAGGCUUAUUGAUGACCUCACCGGCACGCUCCCACCCUAUGACCAGUUUAUUGCCCUCGGCCCCCUGCGACCACACGAGACAGUGAGAGGGUUGAGUGCGGUGCUGGGGUGUGCCGUGGCGGUGGUGGAUGUCAACGACCUCAUGAAAGUAAAGAUCCUCGCUGCGACAGCAGGGGUGGACCAUAAGAGGCUCACCACAGCGCUGCUGCCCAACCCAGCAGGGAAUGCGGAUCAGCAAACCCCAAUUGUCAUCGAAGCGGGGACGUAUGACGUGUCAAGCAAUGAGAGGUGGCUUUCUCAGGAGAAGGCUCGUCUGCUGACCGUGCAGGGCGGCAAUGUGCCGGGGGGCCUCCUGUUGACACGUGGCAGCUGGCAAUGGGAGGAGAGAGGCCCAUCGCUCUACCGCCUCGUGGGGCGAAUGAGUUUCCACAACACGACACGCAAGCAGGAGAUUUUCAUCCCACAUGUGACAGCGAGUGUGCAGCUGCUCUCCUCCCACUCCCUCCGCGGCAUCUCCACCCACGUCUCUAUCUCUCCAUGCCAUCCGGAAGGCUCACCUGUUCCCCGAGCGGACGGCUACUGGCCAGCGUACAUCACGCGGGCGGGCAAGGGCACAGCCAUGGAGGUCACUGUUGAGAUCCGGGCGACAGAUUCUGGCGAUGCAGCAGCGCUGUCCCACCUCAAGGCGGCCAGGCUGGACGUGCAUUACCCGGCGUACGGGCCACAUGGCAGCCUGCCAUUGGUGCAGCACGUCAUUCUUCCACUCGCCUUCCCCCCCUGCCCGCCUCCAUCUGCUCCCCACGCCCCUCAGUGGCGCAGCAUAGCAGCGGGCAUAUCAGUGCUGGCCGUGCCAACACACCUGCUGUGCCACCUUGACGACCCGCUUCUCGUGCUCAAACGCUACGCAGCGCCAUAUCUGCAACCAGGCGACGUGGUGACACUUGGCGAGACGCCAUUGGCCAUCAUGCAGGGUGGGGCUAUGGGUGGGGAUACAGGUGGGGCUAUGGGUGGGGAUACAGGUGGGGCUAUGGGUGGGGAUACAGGUGGGGCUAUGGGUGGGGAUACAGGUGGGGCUAUGGGUGGGGAUACAGGUGGGGCUAUGGGUGGGGAUACAGGUGGGGCUAUGGGUGGGGAUACAGGUGGGGCUAUGGGUGGGGAUACAGGUGGGGCUAUGGGUGGGGAUACAGGUGGGGCUAUGGGUGGGGCUGUGUGCUUCCGCCACCCUGACUCCGUGCGUCCAGGCCCGGUAGCGCGUUGGGCAUGCCGCCGCUUCCUGCCCACCUCCUCCCUCGCCACGGCAUGCGGCAUGCAGUGCUUAACAGCAAUCAGCAUCCCUCGCGGUAUGGUGCUCCCGCACCGCACAGACUACGCACACCCAUGCCGUUCCCCCUUCCUCAUCUCCCACCUCCCAACAGGCGUUGAUAGACGUGUUGCGGUGCUGCUGGCGGCGCUGGCACGAGUGCUGUUGAGGCGGAGGGGAGUGUUCUACCAGCUGGCAGGGGAGCAGGCGCGACUCAUUGAUGACGUCACUGGCACCCUGCCUCCAUACGACCAGUUCAUCACCCUCGGCCCUCUGCGACCGCAGGAGACAGUGGAUGGGCUGAGUGCGAAGCUGAGGUGCGGCGUGGCCAUAGUGGAUGUCAACGACCUCAGAAAAGUGCAGAUCCUCGCUGCGUCAGCAGGGGUGGACCAUGGGAGGCUCACAACAGCGCUGCUGCCCAACCCAGCAGGGAAUGCGGAGGAGCAGACACCAAUUGUCAUCGUGCGAGGAUGCAGCAAGUCAUGA